AUGGCCGCCUUUGCAUGGCAGAACUUGUUGGUGAAGGACGGGCAACGCCGUCGGGAGGAGGCGGAGCGGAAGCUGGAGGAGGCGGAGAGAGAGCUAGUGGAGGCUAGGAGGCAAGCGCCGAGAGCGGACGAGGAGAAGACAUUGUCGCGGGAGCUCGGGGCGAUCAAGAAGCAGCUGAAAGACGCUCAGGAGCAGGUCGUGCAACUGACGGCUGACCGUGCCAAUGAUCGCCGCUUGGUCGCGUGCUUUCACGAUCUACUUGAGAUUGUGUCCUCGACGGAUGAAGCGGUGAGCAUUCUGAAGAAGAGGGCCGACUAUUCGGAAGGCGAGGCAGUCGCGAACAAGCUGUGGGAUGAGAUUCGCACGAAGCAAGCUCACACGCACGACACCUAG